UUUUUAUUUGGGUGGAAAUUAAUUUAGCAAGGAGAUAAUAACUAGUGGAUGCAACAUACCCUAACCAGUUUCGUUCAAUUCAAUUCUCCGUUCCAAUGUCCUCUUCUCUCUCACCACCAUCACUCUCUUCUCCUUUCAUCCACGGUUCUUCAACUUAUCGCCAUGGAACCAAACUUUUUCUUCUUCCUCACUCUACCUCCACACGCAAACCUCGAUGCUUCAGAUCUUUCUCUUCAAAGUGCUCUCUCGACAACGUCCCCAAACAGUUCAGAGAGGAAAAUCUCAAAGAUGGAAUGAUGGACAACUACAAGAAUGCACCCAAGUUUCUGUACGGUCUUACUCCUUCACAAAUGAAUAUGUUCAUAAAUCCAGAAAAUCCUAUGAACAAGAUGUCUGAAAGAGUUACAAAGGAAAGCAUUUCAUCUGCCAGCAGUUAUUUGGCGAAUAGUAGUAUAUCUAGCAUGGAUAAACGUGGCUCUUCAAAGUACAGCAUGGGUGCUAGUAUGUUGUAUAGAGGAGGACGUAGGGGGGGAAGGGCUAGAAGAGCUCCACCAGAUUUGCCUUCUGUGCUCUUGGAUGCUCGAAUAUGUUUUCUGGGUAUGGCGAUGAAACCAGAGGUGACAGAACUUAUUGUGGCUCAACUUAUGUGGUUGGAUUAUGAUGACCCUUCCAAACCUAUUUAUUUAUAUAUUAAUUCGCCUGGGACUCAGGAUGAGAAGAGGAAUAUUGUGGGAGCAGAAACUAAUGCUUAUGCCAUAGCUGAUAUGAUGUUUCGUGUCAAAGCUGAUAUCUAUACCAUCAAUUUGGCAAUGGCGUAUGGCCAAGCAGCAAUGCUUUUGUCUCUCGGAAAAAAGGGUAAACGUGCCAUACUGCCAAAUGCAUCCACAAAAGUAUAUCUCCCGAAAUGCGACAAAUCAUUUGGUUCUGUUGGAGAUAUGUGGAUUAAGGCAAAAGAGCUGGAGACAAGUUCCAAGCAUUACAUUGAUUUGCUGUCAUAUGGAAUGGGGAAACCAAGGAAGGAAGUUGCUAAAGAAAUCCAGAAGUCUAGAUUUUUCCUAGCACAGGAAGCCGUAGACUUCGGAAUCGCGGACAAAGUAAUGGACUUCGGGGAAAAUGCAUUUGAGAAGCGGGAUUAUAAUGCAAUGCGUGCUGAAAGAGCACUCCAGAGAGGUGGUGGGAACCUUCAAGCGUCUCCUGCAGGAUUUUAGGUAAUUUCACGCACAAAAAAACAUUAGGUCACUUGUUCUGUUCCGCCUUUAAUGGUUGUUGGUGGGUUUGGUUCAAGUUGACCACUAGUAUAGAAAGGUCAAGCAGCUAUCUUCACACAUAUCAAGGUCAAAUGGAAAUAUAAACCGGUUAUUGUCUAGGUUCUGCAUCUGUAUCUUGGCACUGGGUUAUCUGUUAUGUACUUGUAUUACUUGACUUGAAUUAGCCGUGGUUUGUUUCAACUAAAGAAAAUGACUGGCCUGGGGAUUAUUUUCUGAACUUGUAUAUAUCAAACCAGUAUCAAUGUAAUGAACUUGAUGGCUGCACUA